AUGUCAAAAACACCUCGCUCUGAUGAUCACUCACCGACGUCUGGGGCUACAGCAGCAGUCACUCAGUCUUGCCAUGGACGGGAGGCAGAGAACGGUAGUCCUUCGCAGGGCCGACUGCUCAACGCCUCCUCGCCUAUCACCUACCUCUAUCUGACAUUCGACACUCCUCUACCGCCGCCAAAUACGACCCAUGCGUACGCCUCGCCUACUACAGAUGCUCCAGCUCAGCCGAACCUCCUCCGUUAUACAAACCCAACAAAGUGGCCCACCCAUCGCAAGGCCUACCAUAUGGUCCUCUGCUGUAUCGCCACCCUAAUGACGGCAUAUUGCGCCGGCUCGUAUUCGCCGCCGACAGCCAUCAUGGAAGCCCACUUUCAUGCCUCCAGAACAGCUGUCUUGACUGGAAUAACGACCUUCUGUGUGGGGUUCGCUCUGGCACCUAUGGUUCUCGCACCAUUCAGCGAGAUCAAUGGCCGCUAUCCUGUUUUUUCCCUCUCGGGCGUAGUGUUUGUAGUGUUCCAAAUCGCGUGCGGAUUCGUCACAAACCUGGCUGGAAUGCUAGCUUGCCGCUUCCUGGUCGGAGUUGGUGGCAGUGUCUUCAGCACAAUGAUUGGGGGAAUCAUUGCUGACCUGUGGGAGAAGGAAGGAAGGAACACACCGAUGGCUGUGUUUAGUGGCUCAGUUCUUGUGGGUACCGGGCUGGGUCCUCUGGUGGCGUCAGUGAUGACCUCUCGUCUCGCAGAUAAUGGAGAAGCAUGGAGGUGGGUCUUCUGGCACCAAGCUAUUGUAGGUGCGGUGCUGGUGACUCUUAUUGCUAUACUGUUCAAGGAGAGCAGGGGCAGUAUAGUUCUCAGCCGCAAGGCUAAGGCCUUGAACCGUUGGUAUGAGGCCAGGGAAGAAGCCGGGUACUAUGGCGUCUGGUUGUCUGAGUCGGAACCAGCGUCUAUUGUCGAGGGGAUGGCAAGUGACAGCGGCAACACAGCAGACUCGACAGGACCAGAAGACGAAGAGAAGAGAACGGCGGCAGCCCCCACAAUCUCGACCACGGUGCGUCUUCGUUGGCUCGUCAAGUCCGAUAGUGAGCGUGGAAGUGUCGGCCGCAUGAUAUCCAUCUCGUUGUAUCGACCAUUUCAUUUACUCUGCAACGAGCCAGUUGUCUUUUGGUUCUCGGCUUGGGUAUCCUUCGCAUGGGCUGUCCUCUACCUGACGUUCUCAUCGGUCCCAUAUGUCUUCAGGACAGUGUAUGGAUGGGACGCUGAAAGCACUGGCUACGUGUUUGCAGCCAUCAUGAUCGGCGGGAUACUAUCGACAGUAAUUGGCAUCUUGCAGGACGAUCUGCUGAAGCACCCGCAGUGGAGGGCCGAGAAUUGGGUUUCUGACGACUCGUCCAGCGAACAGGGAAAUCGGCGUCCGAGGGCGGCGACGGCGACGGCCAGAUUCUACGCCAUCUUGAGACGCCACUUCCCCGUCGAGGCUCCCGAGUCCCGCCUCUACUUCACCUGCCUCUCCGCAACGCUGCUUCCUCUUGGGCUGUUCAUCUUCGGUUUCACCUCUAAGGAGACUGUCCACUGGAUCUCCCCAGCAAUCGCACUUUGCCUCGCUAGCAUGGGCAUCUACAGUGUGUAUCUCGCAACCUUCAAUUAUCUCGCCGACGUUUACGGUAACUACUCAUCCUCCGCCAUGGCUGCACAGUCGGCUUGUCGCAAUCUUCUGGGUGGUGUGUUCCCCUUGGUGACACUGCCUCUGUUUGAGAAUCUGGGGAUCGCGAGAGCUGGUGCACUACUUGGUGGCAUCGCGCUCGGGCUCACAACAGUGCCGUGGGUACUUGUAUUCUUUGGGAGCAGAAUCAGAGCGAGGAGUUCAAUUGCAGUACAUCUAGAGAAGAUGUCUUGA